AUGUAAAACAAACAUGUUAUACAUGAAUAACUAAAAAAAUAACACUGGAAUAACAUUUUUAGAAUUUAAGUCUUUUUGGUCUGACAUUCCUCCAGAGACCAUGACACCAGCCAUUUCCAGAACCGCUGCAGGGGAGAUAAACCAUUGGUGGAGCCAGAUGAAAUUUCGCCUCCAGCACAGGAAGGGAUGGAAUGAAAUGUUAGAUGAGACCUUUCUCAUGCAGAGCAAGAGAGAAAAUGACAUUCCCCUUUUUACCGCCACCAAGGAAAAUAAUGCAGCAUGUAUAAAGAAACUUCUGGAUUGUGCAUCUACAAAUAUCUUUGAGAGAGGUGAGCUCGGAGAGACAGCUUUGCACGUGGCAGUGUUGAAUAAUAAUUUCGAAGCGGCUGUGGCAUUAAUGGACGGAGCACCAGAGCUCAUUAAUGAACCUAUGACAUCUGAUCUUUACCAAGGUCUAACUGCCCUCCACAUUGCUGCGGUUAAUCAGAAUGUCAACUUAGUCCGGGAGUUAAUAGUUAGAGGGGGUGACGUGGCGACACCCAGGGUCACCGGCAUGUACUUCCGCAAAAGAAGAGGAGGUCUUCUGUACUUUGGUGAACACAUCCUGGCAUUUGCAAGCUGUGUUGGGAAUGAAGAAAUCAUCUCAAUGCUGAUAAAAGCCGGGGCCAAUAUUCGGGCUCAGGAUUCGUUGGGUAAUACAGCCCUGCAUUUGUUAGUGUUGCAGCCCAAUAAAACAACGGCUUGUCAGAUUUUUGAUAUCCUGAUGGCGCGAGAUGCAGAGCUGGACCCCACCCUCCCUCUAGACAUGAUUCCCAACUACAGAGGCCUCACAUCUUUCAAACUCGCUGCUAAGGAGGGCAACCUUGUGGUAUUCCAGCAUUUGGUUAACCGCAGACGGGUUAUUCAGUGGAGUCUGGGACCAUUGUCAUCCAACCUUUAUGACCUGACUGAGAUUGAUUCCAGAGUGGACGACCUCUCCGUGCUUGAGAUUAUUGUCAGCAGUCAGAAGAGAGAGGCCAGGAGAAUUCUUGAGCUGACUCCAGUACGUCAGCUUGUCAGUCUGAAGUGGAAUCUUUACGGGAAACAUUACUUCAGGUUGUUGAUGCUGGUGUAUCUGCUGUACAUUAGCAUAUUUACUCUGUGUUGUGUAUACCGCCCUCUAAAGGAUCUUCCCGAGAAUUACACCAAAGCAGACAACGACAGAACCACAAAAAUCCAAAAAAACUUAAAGGAAAGUUAUCAGACACAUACAGAUCACAUGCGUUUGAUUGGAGAGAUUAUCAGCGUCAUAGGAGCCAUUAUAAUUCUACUGUUAGAGGUCAGCAUUAUUUUUUACAUAUUUGAUACUCGUUCUGGCUUUAUAAACAAACUACUUUGGUCAAAUCUCACUUGCUAUUAUUUUCAGAAUCCCAAUAUUUUGCGAGUGGGGGCUAAAAGCUACUUUGGCCAAAGCGCCCUCGGAGGCCCUUUCCAUGUCACUUUGGUUAGCUAUGCAUGUUUGGUCGUGAUUCUGUGCAUUAAGAGGGUGAGCGGAUUGGCCGGUGAGGAUGUGCUGAUGGCUUGGUCUCUGGUUCUUGGCUGGUCCAACAUGAUGUACUUUGCCAGAGGUUUUGAGAUGUUGGGUCCCUAUGUCAUUGUUAUUCAAAAGACAAUAUUUGGAGAUUUGACAAAGUUCAUGUGGUUGACCCUCAUUUUUCUCAUUGGAUUUUCCACUGCCUUGUGGAUGGUGUACAUGACUCAAGACCCUGCUGCUGUAUCAGCAUACCGCUCUUUCCCCAUCACCAUAUUCUCCCAGUUUGAGCUAAGUAUCGGCCUGAUAGACCUGCCUGUGGACCACACUAUCUACACCCAUCCGGUCGUGCACUGCCUCCAUGUGGGCUUCAGCGUGGUCUCUUAUAUCCUCCUGUUCAACCUCCUGAUCGCCAUGAUGAGUGACACGCAGUGGAGGGUCACCCAGGAACGUGAUGAACUCUGGAGGGUCCAGGUGGUGGCCACUAAUCUGAUGCUCGAAAGAAGGUUUUCACUGCGUCUGUGGCCAAGGCUGGGUGUCUGUGGUCUGCCUUAUGGCCUUGGUGAACACUGGUACCUCCGAGUGGAGGAUCGCAAUGACCCGUUUGCGCAAAAAAUGAGACGUUAUAUCAAUGCAUUCUCCAGGGAUGAAGAAACAGGCAAGAAAGAGGAAAAUGGGAAGGGUAGUACCACAAAUGAUCCAUUGCAAACCAGUUCUACUGAGGAGCACAAGCCCUUGCCCAAAAGGAGACCACUAAGAUGUUGGAAUAUUAUUCGUCAGAGUAUAGAAUGUGAAAAGGAAGAAAAUGUGGAUUCCCCAGAUGUGAAGUUUGUCUGAAAACAGGUCAAUAUUAAAGGGACGUUUCACCCAAAAAUUACAAUUCUGUCAUCAUUUACUCAGUUUGCGCUCCCUUGGGGUCUGCCGUUACUAUUUGAGCGCGAUUGAUGCAUGUCAACAUCUAAAUAAAAAACCUGAGUAAACAACCGAUGUGCAGUAAUGCGCAACGCAGUCGCGAACAGAAGGGUCCCAUUUAGUUUUGGAAUAUGGGCCCAGACCUGACUUGCUACACCACUGACGAAAGUCAGACAGGUUUAAAAUGACAAGAGGGUGAGUAAAUGAUGACAAAAGUUUCAUUUUUGGGUGAAUUA